UAAGAGAUUCUGGCGCUGUGAAAUGGCACUGGCUACUCCUCGCGUUUUGAACAGAGCAUUAAGGAUAUUGUAGUUAAUGCACAGCGUAGGCCUGCAACUCUGUGCAAGAAUGAUUUACUUCGCGUACUUUCCGAGGGAAAUAAUUUACCCUUCUUGCUUAACGAGAAAUGGAUAAUUUCCGAAAUGUAGUUAACAAUUAGACGCGCACUUACACGAACCGGAGGAGUUUGCGUGACUCUAAUGGUUCCUAGGGUGUUGCAUCAGUAAGCAGACUUUUCUGACCUUCUCUCUCUCUCUCUCUUUUACAUGUCCGGCCACCGGCGGAAUAGUGAGCAGGCUGCUCUGUCAAAAAAAAGGAAAGAAAAAUACAGGAAAUUCAGCAGCUGUUGCUAUUUGCUAUUCCAGAGAUACCCGAAGGCUGGUUUGAUUGUGCAACGAGCGAGGAGGCGCCGUAAAAGUAAUCGCAUGCAAGGCGAAUGUGCCGGCAUCAAGGUCGCGAUGCUGUAGCGCUGCUGUAGCAUUUAUUUGGAUGCUCGGGGGAAGAAGCAGGUUGAACUGACCAAAGCUAGGUGGCGCUGAAUUGGCCGACUAAUCGCGAGACCCCCCCAACAGUAGGAGGAAGAAGUAGGUAGCUGUUUUAGCAGAUGCAUGGUUCGAGAAGAACGUGGCUGCUAAGACGACUCGAAAAAGCGGGACCAUUUGGUGCCUCGUCAGAACUGUGAAGGUAUAAAAAUGCUUUUGACUUGACAGUUUGGCUAUAUCUGAGACCAACGCGGAGUCUACCAGCAGCGACCGCCGAAAAUUUGACGAUGCCGAACGACAGCAACGGAAACUUUCGGGAAGGCUUCAAUUUGCCUGGAGAUUUGAGAGAUAUUGCACAGCAAGAGCUAGGAGAAACGCCUGCAGUAAAGGAACAGGCCUUGCAUCAACUGCGGGAGCUAAUCCUAGGUGAACCCUUACUCGACUGUCCUACGGACGAAGACUUCCUCGUCAAGUUUCUACGGGCGAGAAAGUAUGACCCCCAGAGCGCCUUCAAGAACGUCAAAAAGUAUUUUAAAGUUCGUAGGGACAAUCCACAGAUGUUCGGAGAACUAACGCCAUGCAAUGUGCCUUUCAACGACGCCUGCCGUAAGCAUCGGCUGGUGACAUUGUCGCGCAAGACGGAUCCCAAGGGGAGAGCAGUGUUGAAGUUCAGGACUGGCGGCUGGAACACCGAUAUAUGCUCACUGGACGACUUCUUGAGGAUUUGCAUAGUGCACGCCGAACAUGUCCUGCUUCAAGAAGAAUUCCAGAUCAGGGGCGUCGUAGCCAUUCUAGACAUCAAGGGCCUUAGCGUAUUCCACGUAGCUCACUACACGCCCUCCGUUAUCAGAACAUUCAUUACCCUUGUGCAGGACUGCCUACCCUUGAGGAUCAAAGCUGUCUACAUCAUCAACAACCCUGCUUUAUUUGACCUUUUAUUCGCUAUUGCCAAGCCCUUCAUGAAGGCCAAGCUGGUGAACAGGAUUCGCUUCUUCGGCUACGACUUGGAGGAGUUACACAGUCUUGUGCCGGAUGACGUCAUUCCGGAGGAGCACGGCGGCACCAACGAGAGCUACGACUUUGACACGAUAGAGGAGGAACUUAAGGGUGAAGAGAAGUUCUUCGAGAAGAUUAACGCCUACGGUUAUCGCAAGGAGGAGAAGAACGGCAAAUGAACUAACCAACAGACAGUUGGGAUAAAGAAUAUUACAUUCAA